AUGUGUAACAAAUCUGAAAACUCGCCAAUUGAACUUGCUCUAUUACAAAUAAAUACUUUCAAGAGCAAAUUCCUGAGAGCGGAAGGAAGAGCAACUGAGGGGUACAUUAUGCUAAAAAUAAUGGACUAUAUACUUGAAACGCUGGAGGACUGGAAACAAGAUGACUCCGAAAACACGAUCUACAGACGCAUUGCAACUGUUUUCGAUUUCAUGUUUCGGAACACUCACGUCAAAUUGGCCGAGAAGAUCGAUCUUCUAAUUCGUUAUGGGAAGGAAAAUAAAGACUUGGAAUUAUCAAGCAUCGAGUUCAAAAAACCUUCAGUUACUGCCACAAUUGCCAUUGCACAACAGUGCAAAAAUCUUGGUGUUAAUGGAGUUAUUCUUAACCACCUGCAAAGAUUAAACCCCAAAAUUGAUUCCAUAGUUGCAAUGGAUUGGAUAGGCAGCACCGGCUAUAUGUGCUGCUUAUUUCCUCAUCGAGGUGUAUAUGUUCCUAAACUUAUUGAUACCCUCACAAUCCCCACCUCAAUCAAUGGCGUACUUGAUUUUGAGAAUACUCUGCGGCUUCUCUUUGCUUUUAAGGUAUUUCCUUCCCCCUUCCCUCCUAAAAGAGGAACUAUUGACUGA